AUGGGACACAGCAAGAACCGCAAACGUAACUUUAGGGUGCGAAUCCACGUUGCAGCCUCUGCGCGCAUUACACGUGGUACCCGGAGCCACGCCGUGUGCCACGUGUAUUGCGUGCAGAGUCUGCUCCUCACGCCAGGGCAAGAAGGCGAGGACCAUCGACUUGGCCAAGUCAGCCCUUGUUACCUACUUCAACGCCAGACGAAUGGCGCCGACCCAGCACUGGACACAGCCGUGCGCCACUACAUCGUUGGCCUCCCGAAGUACAACAAGCAGAACAAUGUGGACGAGGAAAAGAAGACCCACCCACUCACCGCGCAGGAGCUCUCAACAGUUGUCAACGCAUUGGCCAGUCUGCACCCGUUCUUGGGCUCUAUGCGGCGAUUUCUCUUUCUCGGUUGCUUCCGCAUGAGUGGAGUACUUGCCCUACGGUGGAAUGAUGUGCAAAUCGUGUCGGAUUCAAACGGAAGGUACCUAUCCGUACGACUGCGACGGCACAAGAAGGCUGGCGUCGAGGAAGACCGUCAAGUGUACUACUUUGACGAAUCUUCGUUCCCAUGCCUUCUGGUGUGUGGCUUCCACGACGACUAUACUGCCAAGCUGCAGGCUUGCUGUGUGAACUUGACAAACACCGCCUUUGUGUUUCCAAAUGUCGUAAUGCAGCACAAUGGGGUGCCAAAGGUUGAGUGGUACCGUGGCCUGGAGCAAGCCAAUUUGCGCAAGUCGUUGGGUGACCUGGUGGAUGCAACGCCCGACCUACCCAUUAGAAUAUCACUGCAUAGCCUUCGCCGUUGGGGUCGUUUUACCGUGUGUUCGAAUCAAGGGAGCGCCGCUUCAUUUUCGUUGUGGUGUCGUUGGAUGGACGCAAAUACCUGUUGUAAGUACCUCGUGACUCAGAGCAUUAGCAAUGACAUCGAUCCUCGCAACCUGCUUCGUACCUCCAAGUUUCAGCAUUCGACGCUGUCGGCUUGCCGUUCCGUGGAUGCUGUUGGGCAGGCGUCCUUGCAAGAGCACACUGUGGGCAGACAUGUUCCUACGAAAGUGAGAACACAACGGUCAAUGGACAGGUAUGUUGCACGAAAGUCAAUCCCAACUGCUCACUCGGCACGUGAGGCGUCGCAACAAUGGUUUGUUGCUGGCCCAAACAUUGGCUUGGUGUGCGCGCUGAAAGACUACACCAAGGACAUGAUUAAACUUGACAGGAAGAAGUACUCUGAGCGGCUGAUGUUGGCCAUGGCUUUCAUCAAGUUCCAAACGUUUGAUCAAUUUGAAGCUGCGUAUACGGGCUUUACUGCGUCGUAUGCUAGAAUUCUCCGAGAGGUCAGACUUAGAAAACGUAGUUGUACCAUGUAA